UAAAUCUUUCCCAGUUGAAGGAACAUUGCAGAGUUUCAGCUGGGCCUGGUGCUAAAGGGAAGAGGAACAAAUUGAUUUGAUGUUAGUUUGCUGAUACUCCACCACAGAUCUGCACAGACUUCCAUGUCUGAUGUUUAGACAUGGGGACCCUGGUGCAUAUGGGGACUUUGCUGCUCUUUGCCAUAACAUUCAUACAAUUAAGACUGGUAAAAAAUCAGGAGAUUGGUUCAGAUGCCGAUCCUUUAUCCUGCACUCAGUAUGGCCAUUCCUACCAGAAUAAAGAUGUCUGGAAGCCAGAGCCCUGUCAAAUUUGUGUGUGUGAUGAAGGAAUAGUACUGUGCGAUGAGAUAGCCUGUGAAGAACUGUAUGACUGCGAGAGGCCAUAUAUCCCAUUCGGAAGUUGCUGUCCCGUGUGUCAUACUGAUUCAACAGAUGAUCAUAUACACGGUAGAGGAGAAAAGGGCCAGAAAGGUGAACCUGGCGAAGUCCGCAGAGUGGUUGGAAUACGAGGACAAACAGGCCCAGCAGGUGCACCAGGGUCUCAAGGACGAAGGGGAAUGGAAGGCCCAAAGGGACCAACAGGUGUGCGCGGCCCACCUGGAUCUGACGGUGUACCUGGAAUUCCCGGAGUACCUGGUCCUCCUGGUCCAACUGGACAUCCCUCUCAUCCUGGCUUUCAAAACCAACUUGCUUCUCAAAUGGCUGGCGAUAAUGAAAAGGCAGGUCUUCGUGGCCAAGUAGGAAUGGUGCCAGGAGUUUCAGGUGAAGUUGGGCCAAGAGGACCUCCGGGAGCCACAGGACAAGUAGGCCUGAAAGGUCAGCCUGGUCCUCCAGGAGAGCCUGGUGACUUGGGACCAAUGGGAAAUGUGGGGAACCGUGGACCUGAGGGACCAGCUGGAAAACCUGGUGAAGAUGGUGAAACUGGAAAAUCGGGACGGUAUGGUGAACAGGGAUUUGUAGGACAACAGGGUCCUCGUGGUUUCCCGGGUGCCCCUGGUUUGCCUGGCAUCAAGGGUUUGAGGGGACACCUUGGUCGUGAAGGACGGAAAGGUGAACUUGGAGCUCCUGGCCAGAAGGGUGAUCAAGGUUCCGUUGGUGCAAUUGGAGCUCCAGGGUCUUUGGGUCCACGGGGUCUUCCAGGUGAAAGAGGGCGCCCAGGUCCUCAAGGUUCUCCAGGUCCUCGUGGUGCUAUUGGUGCGCCUGGUCUGACAGGUGCGACGGGUACUCUUGGGAUAAUGGGUGCUCCAGGUUUCCCAGGCCAGCCUGGUUCCAAGGGUGCCCCUGGGCCAACAGGAGUCCGUGGGCCAGAAGGGCCUCAAGGACCAAGAGGCUCACCUGGCCGCCAGGGUACACCUGGACCAAUUGGCAUCGGGGGAUCAGGUGGGACUGAUGGAACUUUUGGCGCAAAAGGCCCAAUGGGUUCACCAGGCUUUGGGGGUCCUGCUGGAUUUCCAGGCCCUCCUGGGUCUCCUGGUCCACAAGGGAGCACUGGUCCUCCUGGAAUCAAAGGUCAAAGGGGAGAACCAGGACAAAUAGGCUACAAAGGAGAACGUGGAAUCAAGGGCGAGCCUGGUCCGCCUGGUCCACAGGGAGCUUUUGGUCCAAUGGGUGAAGAAGGCAAGAGAGGACUUCGCGGUGACCCUGGUACAAUUGGCCCUCCUGGUCCAGUUGGAGAAAGAGGUUCUCCAGGUAAUCGCGGUUUUCCAGGUCAAGAUGGAUUACCUGGUCAAAAGGGUGCCCAAGGACAGCGCGGUAUCACUGGUCCUUCAGGCCCCAAAGGAGCUGUUGGUGAUCCUGGCCGUCCUGGUGAUCGUGGUCUCCCAGGAGCAAGGGGCCUUACAGGAAAUUCGGGAGUCACAGGUCCAGAGGGCAAACCUGGAGCUACGGGUCCACCAGGGGAGGAUGGACGCCCAGGGUCAGCUGGAUCAACUGGAAUGAGGGGUUCACCUGGUCCUAUGGGUACUGUAGGGCCAAGGGGUAAUUUCGGUGAUCCAGGUAAGACUGGUGAGAGGGGACCAUCUGGUGCACCAGGUCAAAGAGGCACUCCUGGCAAGGAUGGAGAAACUGGACCUCAGGGCCAUGUUGGUCCAAAGGGUAAAGCAGGUGACAGAGGAGAACAAGGCCCUCCUGGUCCUCCAGGGUUCCAGGGUCUCCCUGGACCUCCAGGUCCUCCUGGUGAAUCCGGUAAACCUGGAAGUGAGGGCAUCCCGGGUGACCUUGGUCCAUUAGGACAACUGGGUCCAAGAGGGGAACGUGGCACUCCUGGUGAACGUGGUUUGCCUGGUCCUCCCGGUCUUCAAGGUCCCAGAGGGAUUCCAGGCGCUGCUGGCAAAGAUGGACCUAAGGGUCCUCCUGGACCUACUGGUAACACUGGAGAUCCAGGCCCUCCAGGUCUUCAAGGAAUGCCUGGGGAACGAGGGCCUUCAGGCCCUUCAGGUCCGAAGGGCGAGAGAGGCAUUGCAGGUGAAAAAGGAUCUGAAGGUAGUCCAGGCAAUGAUGGUGCUAGAGGUCUGCCUGGCUCUCCAGGUCUACCUGGCAGUCCUGGUAUAGCUGGAGAUAAGGGUGAGCCUGGCUCUAUUGGACUUCCUGGCCCUCUAGGUUCUCGUGGAUCUCCGGGUUCUCGUGGUGAGACUGGAACCACUGGCCCUGUUGGAUUUGCUGGACCUCCGGGAAGUGACGGACAACCUGGAGUUAAAGGUGAAACUGGUGAGCCUGGUCAGAAGGGUGACGCUGGCUCUCCAGGACCACAGGGACUUGCAGGAUCCCCGGGUCCACCAGGCCCUAUUGGAAUUUCUGGACUUAAAGGUGGACGUGGCACUCAGGGAGCACCUGGUCCCACUGGCUUUCCUGGGCCUGCAGGGAGAGUUGGACCACCAGGACCAACUGGUGACCCAGGUCCUGCUGGUCCCUUAGGGGCUACUGGAAAGGAAGGACCUCCAGGUCUGCGAGGUGACACUGGUUCACCUGGAAAGGUUGGUGAUCCUGGCCCCUCAGGGAUACCCGGUAGUCCUGGUGAUAAAGGUGAACCCGGAGAUGAUGGUCCAACUGGGCCGGAUGGACCUCCAGGUCCACAAGGUACAACAGGACAAAGAGGUCUUGCAGGCAUGCCAGGCCAUCGUGGGGAGAGAGGCAUGCCUGGUCUACCGGGCCAAGCUGGUCAGCCUGGGAAACAAGGAUUAACAGGCCCAACUGGUGAAAGGGGACCUCCAGGCCCAACUGGUGCACAAGGUACCCGUGGACCUCCCGGUGAAGCUGGUCAGGACGGCCUUCCUGGAAUUGAUGGCACCCCUGGACGUGAUGGUCGUGCAGGAGAGAUGGGAGAUCGUGGUGAUCCAGGGCCUGCAGGUGUUCCUGGGGUACAAGGUAAUCCUGGAGCCCCAGGCCCUGUUGGUGCAACUGGAGAGCCAGGUCCCAGAGGAGAGACGGGUUCUCGUGGUCCAGCGGGUACCUCUGGUCGAACAGGAGGUCGUGGAUUACCGGGCCCUCAAGGUCCACGUGGUGAUAAGGGAGACAAUGGAAUUCAAGGGGAACGAGGUCAAAAGGGUCAUCGUGGAUUUACUGGUUUACAGGGUCUUCCUGGUUCUCCUGGUACCUCUGGUGAGCAAGGUGGUCCAGGAAUUCCAGGGCCAGUUGGUCCCAGAGGACCUCCUGGUCCAGUUGGGCCUCCUGGAAAAGAAGGUCACCUUGGACUGCCUGGACCCAUUGGACCACCUGGAACGCGUGGGACUGUGGGGGAGACUGGCCCCGAGGGUCCUCGAGGUGAAGAAGGGCCACCAGGUCCCCCUGGUCCUCCCGGUCCUCCCACUGCUCACUAUGAAGAUAUGCUGCACAGUUACGGCAUGGACCCUGAGUCGCUUGAUGUGCUUAAUGCCGAUGAGACCUCUGACACCAUCCCAAUGGAUUCUGGGGUAGACGCUACCCUGAAGUCUCUUAGCAGUCAGUUAGAAACUUUACGCAGUCCAGAUGGUUCAAGAAAGAAUCCAGCUCGAACCUGCCAAGAUCUUCUAUUCUGUCACCCAGUGAAGAAAAGUGGCAAGUACUGGAUUGAUCCAAACCAGGGAUGUGUUGAGGACGCUAUUGAAGUAUACUGCAACAUGGAAACUGGAGAGACGUGUAUAUUUGCUGACCCGUCUGAAAUCCCACGCAAGUCCUGGUGGAGCAAAAGGAAUAGUGAUAAUAAUAGACAUUUAUGGUUUGGUGACUCUAUGAACGGUGGAUUACAAUUCAGUUAUGGGGACAAGAUGCAUUCUCCAAAUACUGUAAUGAUUCAGACAACAUUCCUCCGUCUCCUGUCGAAAGAAGCUUCCCAAAAUAUUACCUACCAUUGUAAAAACAGCAUUGCUUACAUGGAUGACCAAACUGGCACGCUUAGGAAAGCAUUGAUUCUGAAGAGUGCCAAUGACAUUGAGAUCAAAGCAGAAGGAAAUAACAGAUUUAAAUAUACAGUGCUGGAAGAUGGCUGCACUAGACACACUGGCAGUUGGGGCAAGACGGUCUUUGAAUAUCGAACACAGAACACAGCACGACUUCCCAUUGUGGAUAUUGCACCCUUGGAUAUUGGAGGUUCUGAUCAGGAAUUUGGCUUUGAAAUUGGCCCCGUUUGUUUCUUGUAAAAUAAAAAGGACAUAGAGAUCUUGAAGACAUUCCUGGACUCUUGAAUUAAUGGCUGAUCAAAUCAGCACUGUAUAUAUAAAUAAUUAGAAUUUUCCAACCCUUCACAACAAUUAUUUAUUGUUCAUAUGAACCCGUUGAUAAAAGUAAAAUGUGAUUUAAAAACUGUAGAAAUUACCAGACAGUUUUUAAGUACAAUAAUAAUUAUUGGCUCUUUUGUAACAGGAAUGGGAACAGUUAAGAUUUUCACUCUUAAAACUUAAAAGUAUUAAACAUAUAGACUGAGAUUUUCACAUGGGGAAAUGUUCCACACAAUACUUGUUGGGGAUGAGACAUUAAGCCUGGUUUAGAGAACCCACAUCUUCAUAUCCUAGGCUUCCCCAAACCAUGCUUCCCGUCAACACUGUUCUCCAUGGAGAGAGCAAAACCAGUCUUCCUAUCUAUUCAUUUAUAGUUUACUUUAAUAUCAAGUUUUCCUACCACAAUUACAACUUACAGUUAAGCAAAACCCAAGUUUAAGCUACCUCAUCUCUGUCAGAAGCUAGGAUGUGUUGAUGCUUGUCUGAUUCAUUUUUCUCCAAGGUGCUAAAAUUUCCAGGGCUUCCAUCUGUGUUUACGGAACCAGGAGACAGAGUAAAGAAAUGAUGGUGCUAGUUAUUAAGAUCCUAUUUCCUUUAAGCUUUUGAUGAAGUAGCUGUAGGCCCCAUCACAUUAAUGCCACAUUAUUACUGUUGUGUCAACAUUUCUUGAGUAUGAAUGGUGUUCCUUAUCUUUCAGUAAUAAUUUCAGUUUAAUUAGUAAUAGAAUGAUCUGCAUGUCUUGAAAGUUAAAGCAUGUAGGAAAAUCCAUUUUGCAAUGUUUCUUUAUCUCUUUAAAAUGUUCUUUCAUUCUCCAAUAAAAAGGACCAUUUUACAAGGAAACCGGAAACACCUAUGGUUGAAUUAAUUGAAUUCCCCCCCCACCUCACCCCCAGCCAAUGGCUGUAAAUUUGUAACUAACUGAUCGUGGCAAUAACAAAAUGUCUAACAUGCCCAAAUGUUUCACUUUGAGCAGGAGUACCUUUCCUAUGACAAUAAACCUGAUGUACCUUUGUUCAAAGUUUCAAAUGCAGUGGAAACUUUCAGUGAUAAGAAAUUGAAAUAAAUUAUAGAAUAUGUACUUACAUCAAGAUUUGGAUUCUUCCAGGAAAUUAUAUCCAUCCAGAAAAUUAUUUAAAUGCUACUGGUUUUGUGUAAUGAACCAAAAAUUAUAUAUGCAUGAUAAUUAAUGCUACCAGAAAAGCCAUCUUUGUUCAGUUGAAUGAUCAACUGGCUAUUUCAGGUUACAAAACACAUAGUUGGCCAUUCUUCUAAUCAGAUAUUUUUCAGGGCUGCAUUUCUUCAUUGUUGUUUUUAUUUCUCUACACUUUACAUUCAAUACUAUUUGCAUCAUAGUAAUUUUGCUUUCCUUUGGGUAUACUUUUAAGUACCUCAUUUAAGGCUAAAUAGAAUGUAACACAAGUGCUUUUGCAACAUGUUAUUUGAAACGGUUUUUGUGCCAAAUUAAUGAGAUUAGAUGGGAAAUUAAAUUUCCAGGUGGCUCAUUUAUUAUAUUUGUUUCCUUUUGGUGCAAAGAAUCACUCCAGCUGGAGAUGUGUACACAGCACUCUGCCUGUCAUGCUUAUGGAAGGACCCUCUGUUUUAACUUGCUGUAAGACCUAUUUAAUUAUCUGAGCUUUUCUGAACCUUAUCUUAUGUAACAGUAAAAAUGAAUAGGAAAAUUAAAUGUUGAAGCAAUUUUAUACUGUUUAAGCUUUUCUUGUGUUUACUAAUGUAGAUAUUAGUAAACACUCAACAGAACAAAAAUCAAACUGUAAUUUGGUUUAAUUGAAGAAAUCUGAUUUACAUGG